AUGGAUAAUGAGGAGAGCUUGCAUGGUGUUAAGUUCACUGAUAAAGAACCGCUGAGCGUUUUUAUCCGUUCAACUGAUACUUUGUCGGAUCUGAAGAGGAACAUAUUGCAGAAGGCAGAGUUGUGUGGGGCCAAGUUGGUGAAGAAGGUGUUCUACAAGAUUUUGAUGGCAUUUGUGUCAAGUGGUGUGCAGUAUGAAACAUUUGUGAUAGGGUCGGAUGAAGACAUGGAGGUCUUGUUUCAUUGUUGGCGGAGUUUUUCGGAGUUCCGGAGCUUCAGUGCCAAAUCCUCAGUCGACGAUGGUAGGGGUGCUACGACUUCGAUGCCUAUCGUUGCUCCUGGUAGUCUCUUAGCUGCACAUUCACUUGUUCUAGCACCGGCUGCUAGGUCACCUGGUAUGAUUACUAGUCUUGUUGGUGGUGGUGAGCCGGAUCACGUUGAGGACGCGAUGCGGGAAGAUGAUUCGGACGAUGAGCCCGAUCACAUAUCGGGGGAUACUGAGGAGGAGACUCCAGUGGCCCCACCUGCACCUCAGGGGCCAUCCAGUUCUGGGUCCCACCAACAACCACCGUAUUUCUCGACGCUGAACCUGGAAGCAGUGAGUCAACAACCGGAUGAGGCAUACACCUUCGAGGGUAAUACUUCUGGGGAAUUUCAUAUUGGCCAAUCUUUCCAGAUUAAGGAGGAAGCUGUGAUGAGUGUUAAGGAUUAUAGCAUUGGUCGUGGAGUUUAG